CUUUGAAAGGUCAUCGUUGGUCACUUAACAAUACCCAUAUGAGUGUCGUCAAACUCUAUGUCAUGAUGCCAUGCUUCUGGUUCUCACUUCUGCACGUCUUGGCCGGAGAUGCAUUGGAUCACCGUAAUGCUUGCCUCUAGAUAACUGCCACCGCGAGAAAGCGUCUUCAGAACACCACCCAGCGACCAAGCAGAGAUGACUAUGUCAUGAAAUGGAUCUACGGGUUCAGAACAGGCUAACUUUUCGUUUGGACGCUUGCAUGAAGCUGUGAUAUGGAACGAGCUUUACUAGUGUUUUUCUUGAGGAUCACUUUGCUUGGCUGCCUUGCAUUAACCGAGAGGACUGUGGCAGGAGACAAGUGGACUCACGCACAUGCUGAAGACCUCCUUUUCAAAAAUCUCUUUAAGGGAUAUAACAAAUGGUCCCGGCCAGUGCGCAACAUCACAGAUGUCGUCAUUGUCAAAUUCGGACUCUCCAUUGCUCAGCUGAUUGAUGUGGACGAGAAGAACCAGAUGAUGACCACCAAUGUGUGGCUAAAGCAGGAGUGGAAUGAUUAUAAGUUGCGCUGGCAGCCCUCUGAUUAUGACAAUGUCACAUCCAUCAGGGUCCCCUCACAGCUCAUCUGGGUUCCCGAUAUUGUCCUGUAUAAUAAUGCCGACGGGGAGUUUGCCGUGACCCACAUGACCAAAGCCCACCUGUUCUACACGGGCCAGGUGCGCUGGGUGCCCCCGGCCAUCUACAAGAGCUCCUGCAGCAUCGACGUCACCUUCUUCCCCUUCGACCAGCAGAGCUGCAAGAUGAAGUUCGGCUCGUGGACCUACGACAAGGCCAAGAUCGACCUGGAGCGCAUCGAGAACGCGGUGGACCUGAAGGACUACUGGGAGAGCGGCGAGUGGGCCAUCAUGGACGCCAUGGGCACCUACAACACCAAGAAGUACGACUGCUGCCACGAGAUCUACGUGGACAUCACCUACUACUUCAUCAUCCGCCGGCUGCCGCUCUUCUACACCAUCAACCUCAUCAUCCCCUGCCUGCUCAUCUCCUGCCUGACCGUGCUGGUCUUCUACCUGCCGUCCGACUGCGGCGAGAAGAUCACCCUCUGCAUCUCCGUCCUCCUGUCGCUCACCGUCUUCCUGCUGCUCAUCACGGAGAUCAUCCCGUCGACGUCGCUGGUGAUCCCGCUGAUCGGCGAGUACCUGCUCUUCACCAUGAUCUUCGUCACGCUCUCCAUCGUCAUCACCGUCUUCGUGCUGAACGUGCACCACCGCUCGCCCAGCACGCACGAGAUGCCGCGCUGGGUGCACACCGUCUUCCUGGAGCUCAUCCCGCGCUGGCUGUUCAUGCGGCGGCCCGCGCCCAACGCCAAGCGCCGGCGCCUGCAGCGGCCGCAGACCAAGGAGCGGCCGCGCUGCCACGCUCACAGCCACGCCUACGUGCCCACCUCCAGCCUCAGCACCUCCAAGAGCUGGGUUCACGAGGAGACGGAUGUGGACCGGACCCCCGUCGGCCAGGACGCGCAGGCAGGCCUGAGGCUGGGGACGUGGAGGGGGGUGCCCACCUCCUACUCCUUCCCCACUCUGCACCUGCCGGAUGAGGACCAGCUGGGCAGGAAGGCUGCCUCGCACCACCAACUGGAUGGUCUGGCUUUACAGCUGGGCUCCAGGGGAAGCCUCUCCCAGCGGCUAUCCGGUCUCGGGGGCCUGCAGGCUGACCCGGCCCUGCUCCUCUCCCCCAGAGUGCUCCACGCCCUGGAUGGGGUGUGUUACAUCGCAGAUCACCUGCGCGCUGAGGAUGCUGACUUUUGUGUGAAGGAGGACUGGAAAUAUGUGGCCAUGGUGAUUGACCGUAUCUUUCUGUGGAUGUUCAUCAUCGUGUGCCUGCUGGGGACAGUCGGCCUUUUCCUGCCACCUUGGCUCUCAGGAAUGAUCUAGGUCACCGCUCUGGGACAUGGUGAUAACACACACACACACACACACACACUCGCGCACACACACACACACAUACACACACAC